UUUUUUUUUUUUUUUUGUUCCAAGUCACACUGGAAUAGUUCUUUCUUUUAGGAUAUUUUCUCCUGUGACCUUCACAAAAGGGGCUAUAAUGAUAUUACAAUGGCAGCAGGUCUUUUGAGGACUCAGACCUUUUAUCAGUGCAUUUGUGGAUAAAUGCAUUAGUUUCUGAGAGUGGAAAUGCUUAACGGCAGUUUCAAGUUUAUUUAGUCACAAAUGGGCAUUCAACCAUCAGGAGACACAGAUACCAAGAUGCUCCUGUAGUUUAAGUUGAUUACUCCCUUGUCUGUUGGUUUGCCUGGGGUGUUCUCUUUCCUGGAAAGGUGGAAGCUUUUUGAAGCCGUUCAUAACUAUGAUUUAGUCUGUUGCAGUUAGAUGCAUUGGGUGCAUGACUAGGUGGGUGAGUAUGGCUGUGAUGGAACACCAACACCAAAGAGCAGAUUGGAGAGGUGAUAGGAGAAUUCCCGCUGGGCUGCAGCUGGCCUGGCUCCAGAGUACUAGCACCUAACCUUAAUUCAUCUUUUGUUUCUCAGUUAUCCUUUGUUUCUCUCACCAUCCUACGUGAAUUCUGUCUGAGGGUUUUCCAAGGACACAAAACCUAUGCGAAACUUGGUUUGGGAAAACCCUGAAAACUGUGGCACCUGAUGAAUCGAGAAAUUUGCACUUGGCAUUGUAUUUUGGGAGCUUCUUUCAGGUUGUUUUGAACAUAUGGAAAUCAACUGGUUAAAGUGUAAAUAUUGAGAAAAAUAAAAAUGCCCUGGAUGAAGGGAAAAGUGCUUCAGUCCUUAGAGACUGGAUCUCCAUGCAGCUGCAAAAGGCUAGACUCAUUCUUAAGGUGCCUCUGAGUAUUCUUUCCACGGAUACUCGUGAACCCACACACCCAUGCUGCAACAGAGAGGAAAGGGCUUAUCUGGCUUACACUUCAUAUUAUUGUGCAUCAUCAGAGGAAGUCAGGACAGGAACUCAAACAGGACAGGAUCCUGGAGGCAGGAGCUGAUGCAGAGACCAUAGAGGGGAUUUGCUCACUGGCUGGCUCCCCACUGGUUGCUCAGCCUGGCUUUCCAAGCCCCUAACCACAAUGGGGUGGGCCCUGACCCAUUGAUCACUAAUCGAGAAAAUGCCCUACAGGCUUGCCUGUAGCCCGUCUUAUCGAAGUAUUUCCUCAACUUUGGUUCCCUCCUCUCAGAUAACUCUAGUCUGUGUCAGCUUGACAUAAAAUUAGCUAGAACAGUGCAAGGACAUGUGAAAGGACUCCCGGGUGGGGUGAGCUUCACACAUGCCAGUCUGAGACCGUCAAGAUCAGCUUGGCUUUCCUCCUGAGGUCAGCUUGGCAACCUCAUGUCCAGAAGCAAGGCUUCCUACUUCUUUCUUCAGUGUCCCUAACCUUGCCACAUUCAACCAACAUUUAGAAAAUUAUUUUUACAUACCUAAUUGUGUAUAGGUAUAACAAAAUUUUUAUUUUUUUACAUUUAUUUAUGUAUAUGUGUGUGAAGGUAACCCCCAGAGGCCAGAGAGGAUAGUAGAUGCUUUAGAGCAGUGGUUCUCAAACUGUGGCUUGUGACCCCUUCGACAAACCUCUAUCUCCAAAAAUAUUUACAUUACGAUUCAUAACAACAGAGCUACAGUUAUGGAGUAGCGAUAAAAAUAACUUUAUGGUUGGGGGUCACCACAACAUGAAGGCUGAGAAUUACUGCUUUAGAGAUAGACUCAGUGGUGAGCUGCCACGGGCGGGUGCUGGGAACAGCAGUCUGCUCCUGUCCAAGAGCAGCAGGUGCUCUUAGUCACUAAGCUAUCUUCCCAGCUCCUCAACCCAACAUCCUAACAUCCAUUUUAACCCUGACAUUUGUUUUCACCACAACAAGGAACGACAUUUUGUACAGCAGCACGGAUGACACACAGGAUUCCAUCCAAUAGCCUCUGGGGGUACUGCUCUCACACGAGCAAACCCCCACACAGGUACACGUAAACAUAAUUAAAAAUGACUAUUUGUUUCAAGUACUUUGUUUUCAGUUUUAUUCCUGUCUUAUUUUUAAUGCAGGUGUAAUGGGGUCGAGGGCUGGGCCCAGGCCUUCACAUAUGCUCAGCAAAAGCUCUACCACAAAGAUGCUUGUCUAGCCCUGACAUAUUCCUGGAAGGUACUUGGUCUUUGAGGGAGACCACAACAGCCCCAGAGCAGGGAGGCAGAUACAGCCGCUGACUAUAGCUCUGAAAGGCGUUUUCCACCCAACCCCAAGGUCUACAAUUGCCUUCACACCUUCCAGCUUUCUUCAGCACCCCUUACUAGCCCUUCAUGGGGCUCAGGCAUGGGUGACAGCAGGAUUCUGGGAUCUGGAGAGGCCAAGAGCAGCAAAAGUUGCUUCUCCUGUCUCCCCAACCCCCAACCCCCACCCUGUGCUCCAGGAGGCGGGCCUAAGGCUUGCUGGCCUAUCACGGUCUUAUUUGAAUGCAUGUACUGCCCAAUGAGGAGUUUGCUUCAUAGGUGAGGGAAUCUGUCACCAUCAGUUCCAUUUCUUUCUUUCCCUGGAAAUUAGGCAAGUGUGUGUUCUUUGAAAGUCGAUCCUAGAUCCCAGGCCUGACAGGUCGCCUUCGCUGACUUCAGGAGCCUCGGGCGGACAGCAGGACAACCGGAGCCUAGAAAUGGAGUCAUUGAGCUUUGAGGAUGUGGCUGUGAAGUUCACCAAGGAGGAGUGGGCUCUGCUGGAUCCAUCCCAGAAGAAGCUGUACAAAGAUGUGAUGCAGGAAACCUUGAGGAACCUGGCUGCUAUAGGGAACAAGUUGGAAAACAAGAAGGUUGCAAAUGAGUAUAAAAAUCUCUGCAGAAAAUUAAGCAGCCAACUGGUAGAGAAAUUCUGUGAAUAUAAAGAAAGUCUUCAGAGUACAGAACUCUUCAGCUGUAUUCCAGAGCCUUCUGUGAACUUGAAAUCUUCUCCAGGAUUUUCCACAUGUGAGAAGCAUGUGUGUGGAGAAGGAAGCAUUGGCCAUUCAUCUCUAGGUGCACCCCUAAAUCAUCAGGUAGGACAUAAACCUCAUAAAGACCAGGAAUAUGGACGGAAGUUGUAUAAACAUAAGGAGUUUGGGGGCAGCUCCAGUUCCCCUCUGUCCCUUCGGACACAUAAAAGUGCUCACACUGGAGAGAAACCUCCUAAAAAUAAGAACUGCAAAGAAGACCUUCUUUGUCUCCAAUCUGGUCAGAAGAAUGAAGAACAGGACCAUGCGAAAAAACCUCAUAUUUGCAAGCAAUGUGGGAAAGGCUUCACCUAUCCCAAUUCUUUACAAACACACGAAAAGAGUCACAGUGCUAAGAAGCCCUAUGUGUGUGAACUGUGCGGGAAAGGCUUUUCUCGGUUAGGUUCCCUUUCAAAACAUAAUGUAAAUCAUUCUUGUGAGAAAGCAUUUCUGUGUAAUCAUUGUGGGAAAACUUUUACUCGUUCUGCUACUCUUCUAAGACAUAAGAGAACUCACAGUGGUAUGAAACCCUAUGUGUGUAAGCAAUGUGGGAAAGCCUUCACUGUUUCUCGUUACCUUAAAGCACAUGAACUAACUCACACUCGGGAAAAAACUUAUGUAUGUAAACAGUGUGGGAAAGCCUUCACAUUUUGGAGUCAAUAUCAGAAACAUAAAGUAAUUCACAGUGGUGUGAAUCCCUAUGUUUGUAAGCAAUGUGGGAAAGGCUUUACUUAUUCCAGUUCCUUACAAUCACAUGAAAGAAUUCACACUGGUGAGAAGCCCUAUUUGUGUAAGCACUGUGGAAAAACCUUUGCUCAUUUUGGUAACCAUAAAAGACAUGAAAGAAUUCACACUGGAGAGAGACCCUAUGUAUGCAAGCAAUGUGGGAAAACUUUUAAUGAUUAUGGUUCCUUUCAAUUGCAUAAUAGAGUGCAUGCUGGAGAAAAACCCUACAAAUGUAAGCAGUGUGGAAAGAAUUUAGCUUCUUCUUCCUCCCUUCAGAGCCAUGAAAGGAAUCACUGUGGAGAGAAGCCCUAUGUGUGUUUGCAAUGUGGGAAAGCUUUCAGUUUUAAGAGUUCUCUUCGCAAGCAUAACAUAAUGCAUACUGAAGAAAAACCUUAUGAAUGUAAGCAUUGCAAAAAAGCCUUUCAUCAUUUUUAUUUACUUCGAGGACAUGAACGAAUCCAUAGCAAUGACAGGCCAUAUCGGUGUAAGCAAUGUGGGAAAGGUUUUUAUUAUUCUAAUUAUCUUAAAAAACAUGAACAAAUCCACAGCAGCGAAAGACCCUAUCAGUGUAAGCAAUGUGGGAAAGCUUUUCAUUAUCCUAAUUAUCUUAAAAAACAUGAGAAACGAAUCCACAGCAGUGAGAAACCCUACCAAUGUAAGCAAUGCGGGAAAGCCUUUUGGUCUCCUGAUCAGGUUAAAAAGCAUGAACGCAUCCACACCAGGAACAGACCCCAUGAAUGUAAGAUAUGUGGGAAAGGCUUUACAACUCCUAAUCAACUUCACUCCUGUGACAAACCUUAUUUAUGUAAGCAAUGCGGGAAAGAAUUUUUGUUUCCAUAUCGUUUGCAAAGACAUAUACUGACACAUAAUAGAACAAAUAAGGAUGUUCCUAAGUAACAUGAGAAAGCCUUCUCUUUGUUAGUUCUCACAGAAUCAAACCACAUGAGAGUGAAAUAGAUUAUGCUGACAGUGUGGGAAAAUGUCCCAACCAGUCAUAAUGGAGAGAAGCUAUUCUGUUGAAUUGAUGUGGCCUUUAGUACUAGAAAUUCUCUUCAAAUACAUAUAAGCAAACACACUAGAUAAAAGCCUUUUGGAGAAAAGCUACAAGUAAUGUAAUAAAAUCUUCUGCAUUCUUCUCAUUAUGGAGAAUAUGUAAAAUAGCUCACACUGGAGAAAAACCUUACACAUGAAAUAUAGGUAGCCUUUAGUUCUUAGGGGGCCCUAAAAAUGUUGUAGUAAUCUCUUUGGGGAGAAACCCUUCAUAUAUAGUGUGGUGGUUUGAAUUAAAAUGUCCUUCAUAGGCUCAUAUUUUAAUGCUUAGUCACCAGGGAGUAGAACUGUUUGCAAAGAUUGGAAGGAUUAUGAGGCAUGGCUUUUUGAAGUAGUUGUGUAAGCUUCUUGAAGGGAUUGUGUCACUGGGGCUGGCUUUUGAGGUUUCAAAAGCCCUUGGCAGAUCCUCUCUUUCCCCCUUGCUCUGUGCUGCCAGCCAUGAUGAUAACAGACUAAUUCUCUGAAACUGUAAGCAAGGCUCCAAUUAAAUGCUUUGUCUUAUAAGAGUUGCCUUUGUCAUGGUGUGCCCUUGUUGGGAGUAGGGAUGACUUUGUUGGAGGAAGUUUGUGUCACUAAGGGUGGGCUUUGGGGUUUCAAAUGCUCAAGCCAGGCCCAAUGUGUUUCUCUUUUCUCAAUGUCUAUGGAUUCAGAUGUAGAAGUAUCAAGUUACUUCUCCAGCACCAUGUGUGCCUGGUUCCCACAAUGACAAUGAACUAAAUCUCUGAACUUAAGCCAGCUUCAAUUAAAUACUUUCCUUUAUAAGAGUUGGCAUGCUCAUGAUGUGUCUACACAGCAAUAGAACACUGAUUAAGACAGUAGUUGGUACCAGGUUGGGGUAUUGCUGUGACAGGCCUGACCAUGUUGCUUGUUGGCAGAAUGCUUAAUGCAGCAUACCAAUAGGAGUGUGGGAGACAGUGGUGCUGAGAGUGAUGUAGAUGAUGAUGGUCUAGCUUGAGGUUUCAUAGGAGAAGAACAUUAAUAAGUGGCCUAGAGAUCAUGCUUGUGAUAUUUUGGUGAAGAAUGUAACUGCUUUCUGCCCUUGUUAUAAAAAAAAAAACUGCCUGAGGCUAAAUUAAAAUAAUUUGGAUUGAUAACAUUAGUAGAGGAGAUUUCAAGGCACCCUAGUAUUGACUAUUGAGUGAUUAUUAGUGGUUACUGUUAUGUAGCUCAAUAAUGAAAAGAGUAAUCUGAAAAAGGAAAAAUACAAAAUGUACAGUUUGAGGAGAAAAGAAGCACCAGGAAGUAUAAUGGAGCUAAGUUCAGGGCUCAAAGAGAUAAAAGUUUACAGAAAAGUCUGAUCCUAAAUGUAAUAAAGGAUAACCUCAGGACAAGACCCCACCUAGCUAAGCUUCCAACUUGUGAAAAGGAAUUAAAGAAAAGUUCAGGGCAGAGUGUGGUAGACCAUGCCUUUAUUCCAAGUACCAGGGAGGCAGAGGCAGGCAAAUUUCUGAGUUGGAGGCCAGCUGAGUCUACAGAGCAAGUUCCAGGACAGCCAAGCAUAUGCAGUAAAGAAAACCAUUAGAAACAGAAAGCUGGUGAAAAUGUAUUUUAACAAGAGGCCAUGUUCCAGCCCCAGCAAGCAGAUGAACUUGGCAGCUUUAGCAACUCAAUUCUGGCUUUAGAGUCAAGGUUAUAAAAAAAGGAUUCUGGAACCUCCUUCUUAUUGUAUAUAUGAUAACACUGUGGACCCAGAAUUUGUGUUUGCAUUAAUUAAAUAAACUCAACCUUGGGUCAGGAGGUGGGGCCAGCAACUAGUUGACAGAAAGUAAUCAUAGAGUCAGAGGAAGUCCAGGAAAUGAAUAGAGAGACACCCAGGAAGUAGUAGGGAAGGACUUUGAGGGUGGUGGUCCUUUUUGGUUUGGAGGAAUGGAAGAGUUGCUCUCUUUUUUGAGAUGUUUGAGAAGAGGGAAGGUUAGCUAGUUGCUCCUCAGCCGCUCUGAUCCAAUAGGUUUUCACCCCAGCCUCUGACUCCCGAGACUUCACCGGUAAACGGAAUGAUAGAGAUCUAGUUAAAAACUGUAUUUGCUGGCAGCAGCAAGAGGUAGAUCCAGCGGAAAGGAGAAGUCCUGCUGGGUCACUGCCAGAGAAGUGGGUCAGUAACUGUGGAGCCUCAGUUACUGGUUGAAACAGCAGUAGAUUCAGGUACAGUCACUGUGACCACAGAAAAAGAACACCCUCGACGGCUAAGAAAGAUGCUGAGGCCAAGCAUGUGUCCCUGCCUGGAGGCCCAGAGAAGCCUUUGUGUGAAGCUGUGAAGAUAAAGCCUGGGCUGCCUUGGAGACCCCCAAGAUGUUGGAGAUGCCAGAGUUGUGGGAUACCUACAAAGGAGAGUUGCUAACAGAGUGUGGAACCAGCCCAAGAGAAGGAAGUGUGUUUCAGUCCACAAAGCUGAAAGGAGUGGGUAUCUGAGGAGCACUUUUGACAUCAGAUAAGGAGAUGUAGAAUUUGAACAGUUUGAACUUUGCCCUGCUGGUUUCCAAUCUUGCUUUGGUCUAGUAUUAACCCACUAUGCUCCCUUUCUUCCAUUUUGGAAUGGUAAUAUAUAUUCUGUGCCAUUGUAUAUUGGAAGUAUGUGGUCUGCUUAUUUUAUUUUAUUUUACAGGGGAUUACAGUUAAGAGAUUCCCUUGAAUCUCAGAAGAGACUUUGAACUUUGGACUUUGAAACAGUGUUGAGACUGUUACAGACUAUGGAGACUUUUGAAGUUGGACUGAAUGCAUUUUUGCAUUCUGAUAUGGCUAUAAGCCUAUGGUGGCUAGGGAAUAGAUUGUGAUGGUUCAAAUAGGAAUGUACCCCAUAGGCUCAUAUAUUUGAAUGUUUGGUUUAGGGAGUGGUGCUACUUGACAGGGAUUAGGAGAUGUGGCCUUGUUGGAGAAAGUGUGUCACUGGGGGAUGGGCUUUGGAGUUUCAAAUGCUCAAGACAGAACCAAUGUGUCUCUCUUCUCCCUGUUACCUACUGAUCUGGAUGUAGAACAAUCAGCUCCUUCUCGAGCACAAUGUCUACCUGCAUGCUGCCAUGCUCCCUUUCAUGAUAACAAUGGACUAAACUUGUGAACUCUAAGCAAGCCCCAAUUAAAUGCUUUCCUUUAUAAGA